AUGUCUCCUACAGCACUUUUUCCAUAUGCAUUUUUACUCUGGAUUGGACUCCAAUGUGUCCAGACAAAAAUCUUCACAAACCGCUGGGCGGUUAAAAUAACUGGAGGUUCUGACGCUGCUGAUCUUAUUGCAGAAAAAUACGGAUUUGUGAACAUGGGCCAGAUAGGUGGGCUAGUAGACCAUUACCAGUUCCAGCACAGCAGAAUUAUCAAACGGUCCACAAUUAAAAGCAGAGGAAACCACAGUCUCAUCGCCACGGAGACCAAGGUGAAGUGGAUCCAGCAACAGAUGGUUCAGAAGAGAGUAAAAAGAACUGACACAAUGGACCAAACCCAUGCCGCCAGCUUCAAUGACCCUGAAUGGGACAGCAUGUGGUAUAUUCACUGUGAUCACAACUGCUUGACCGACAUGAACAUUCAGGCCGCCUGGCGUAGGGGCUACACUGGGAAAGGGGUUGUCGUUUCCAUUCUGGAUGAUGGUAUAGAAAGACAGCAUCCAGAUCUAAAACAGAACUAUGAUGCACAAGCCAGCUAUGAUGUCAACAGCAACGAUUCCGAUCCAACACCACGUUAUGAUGCAACCAAUGAAAAUAAACAUGGGACAAGAUGUGCUGGUGUGGUGGCUGCCUCUGCGAACAAUUCCCUCUGCAUUGUCGGAAUUGCCUACAAUGCAAAAAUUGGUGGUGUGCGUAUGCUGGAUGGCGAUAUGACUGAUAUGGUGGAAGCCCAAUCCCUGAGUCUGAAACAGCAGUAUAUUGACAUCUACAGCUCCAGUUGGGGUCCAGAUGAUGAUGGCAAAACAGUAGAUGGCCCCGGCCCUCUUGCCCUGCUCGCUCUGGAGAAGGGCAUUCGCAAAGGCAGAAAGGGCCGUGGCUCCAUCUUUGUGUGGGCAUCAGGAAAUGGUGGGCAGAGUCAAGACCACUGCUCAUGUGAUGGUUACACCAACAGCAUUUACACCAUCUCAGUGGGCAGCACCACUCAGAGUGGCCGAAAGCCGUGGUACCUGGAAGAGUGCUCCUCUACUCUGGCCACCACUUACAGCAGUGGAGACAAUCACAGCUUAGGCGUUGUGACAACAGAUUUGAGGCAGCGUUGCACUGAUGAGCACUCUGGCACUUCAGCAUCAGCCCCUAUGGCUGCAGGAAUCAUCGCCCUCACGUUGGAGGCAAAUCCAGCUCUGACCUGGAGGGACGUUCAGCACAUUGUGGUGAAAACUUCACGUCGUGGUCACCUAAGUGCUUCAGACUGGCAGAGAAAUGGAGCUGGAUAUGAUGUUAGUCACCUUUAUGGGUUUGGCUUGAUGGAUGCUGAAGCCAUGGUGAAGGAAGCAGAGACCUGGAAGCAGGUGCCUCCUCAACACGUGUGUGAGGAAAACGUAGUCCAGACUGCCAGGAUCAUCAGUCCAGAGAGGGUGUUGAGGUCAGUGUUUAAGUCCUCAGGCUGCUCUUCUCAGCGUCUGCAGCGGGUGGUCUAUCUGGAGCAUGUGGUUGUACAUGUCACAAUCACACAUCCUCACCGUGGAGACCUGUCAGUCACACUGACAUCACCCUCUGGAACCAGAUCUCAGCUUCUCACAAACAGACCGAAUGACCACUCCAACGAGGGCUUCCUUAAGUGGGAAUUCAUGACGACUCACUGCUGGGGUGAAAGACCAGCAGGAGACUGGAUCCUGGACAUCAGAGACACACCAUCUCCACGGAGAAACAGCCGACUACAAGGGAAACUGGUUGAAUGGUCCCUGGUGCUUUAUGGAACACUCACACAUCCAUACAUUCGACAUGAGCAGCCCCGCUCUGCCCAGCUGCUGUCUGAAGAUGACAUCCCAGAGGAGUACAGUGGCUCUUGUGACCCAGAGUGUAGUGAGGAUGGCUGUGAAGGACCUGGACCCCAUCAAUGUAUUUCCUGCUUGCACUUUUUCCUAAAGUUCAAAAAUAACACACGGACCUGUGUGUCUGAGUGUCCGAGUGGGUACUGGGGAGAUAAGAAGAGGUGUAAAAAGUGUUAUUCCUCCUGCAAGUCAUGUUUGGGCAGCCGCAGUGAUCAGUGCACAGCCUGUAAAUCUGGAUAUCAUCUGAAUGAGGAAAAGAACAACUGUGUGACCAGCUGUGAGGAUGGUUCAUAUCUUUACUAUGAGGAAAACGUGUGUAGGAAGUGUAAUAUUGAGAACUGUAUGAAAUGCACCUCAGCCUCCAUUUGCACAGAGUGCUCUGAUGGCACAAGUCUGGUGGGCAGCAGAUGUCAGAAGAGUUGUGAGGUGGGCCGUUACUACAGUGAGCCGGAGGACUCGUGUGAGCCCUGCCACCCAGCCUGUGCUACAUGUGCUGCCGCAGGUCUAGAGUCAUGUAAUCGUUGUGCUGAAGGCUACCUGAUGGAGAACUGGAGAUGUGUGUCCUCCUGCAGUCAAGGAUUCUAUGCUGUACAAGCAAACUCUGACAGCACAGAUACUCAGAGCACCUGUAAGAGGUGUGAUGCGAGCUGUCUGGCCUGUGUCGGGCUAGAUAAAGAAAACUGCAGUGAAUGUGUAGAUGGACACACACUUCUGGAUGGUGUGUGUAUUCUCAGCCACAACUGUGUUGAUGGGGAAUAUCAGGAUGAGAGUGGAGAGUGUCAGUCAUGCGAUGUGUCCUGUCAUAAAUGUAAAGGUUCAACAAGUGUGGACUGUCUCAGCUGCUCCAACACACAUUGGCUUGAUGAGGGUCGAUGUGUGGUCAGCUGCUCAGAUGGGAAGUACCCAUCCAGUGGACAGUGUCACCUCUGUGACCACACUUGUGCUCAGUGUGUUGAUGCUGGUCCUGCUAACUGUACCAGCUGUGAUACAGAUAAGUUUGGGGUGGACCGGUACCUGUUCCGUGGCGAUUGUGUGGAAGUGUGUCCUCAGGCUCAUUUCCACACAGCACUGAAGGCAUGUGAGUCGUGCCCUUCACACUGCAAACUCUGUUCUUCGGCCACACAUUGCAUCAGGUGUGAGGACUCCUUCUACCUCAACGACGGAAUCUGUAAUAAACUGGAGUGUGGCGAAGGGGAGGUGGAAGACCCAGAAUAUGAUGACUGCAUGUCAUGUGAAGAGGGAUGUAAUAAGUGUGUUCUCUAUAAUCCCAAACACUGUCUGUCCUGCAUUGGUGGAUAUUACAAGUUUGAAGAGGGCUGCUAUAAGCCCUGUCCUGCUAAGACAUACACAGUGGAGGAGACCAUGAGCUGUGUAUCCUGUGAGCAUGACUGUGUCAGCUGUGAUGAAGAUGAGUGCUACUGGUGUGAAGCUGACCUCUUCCUGGCAGAUGGGAAGUGUGUGCGAGAAUGCCCUGAUGGUUUCUAUGGUGAUGAAGAUUCUCAGGAGUGUGAGGAAUGUCACUCAGACUGCAGGACAUGCAGUGGGCCAGAGGACAGUGACUGUGACAGCUGCGGUGAUGGAUUUACACUUGAUAAUGGAGCAUGUGUGCCUGAACAGGAUGUCUGCCCUGCCCAGACAUUCCUCAGUGAUGAUGGGGAAUGUGAGGCCUGCCACUCUUCAUGUGAAUCCUGCUGGGGGAGAAUGAAAACUCAAUGCAAUGCCUGUGUCAAAGGUCGAUAUCUGAAUGCAGAUCAGAUGUGUGUGGUACGAUGCCCGACGGGCAGCUUUGGCAGUAAGGAGAGCGGGCACUGUGAGACUUGCCCUCAAGGUUGUGCCCAGUGCCAGGAUGAGCAGCUCUGCACACGCUGCCAGUCAGCACGUAAAAACACUCUUUAUUUGCAGGCCGGCCAGUGUGUGCUUAAGUGCACAAGAGGGUAUCCUGUGGGUCAGGUGUGUAAGAGCUGUGCAUCUGGUUGUAUGUCCUGUGAGAAGAAUGCAACACACUGUCUGAGCUGUGAGGAGACGCUACUUCUCCACAAACAUGAGUGUGUGGUACAAUGUCCAUCUGGACACACAGUGAGGAAUGGGGAGUGUGUGCAGUGUCCAGAGAGCUGUGUUAUCUGCUCUGAGGACGGACUCUGUACAGAGUGUAAGGAAGACUUUUUCCUGCAUGCGGGUCAGUGUAUAGUGGUGUGUCCUGAUGGGUUUUUUGAGGACACUGAUCAAGGCAUUUGUGAGCGAUGCCACGCCGACUGUGAAUUAUGUGAUGGGCCCGAACCAAACAACUGUGAUGCCUGUUCCGACCCUGACCACACACUGCACAACGGAGCAUGUUUAUCCCCCUGCCCCGCACAUACUUACAGGGAAAGCAGGUCUGGAAAGUGCAUGGCCUGUGACAGCUCCUGUCUAACCUGUUCUGGUCCUCACGACACAUCCUGCACCAGCUGCUCUGAGGCCCUGGCGAUAGAUGCUCACGGGCGCUGUGCCACACCCACCACAUGUCCCUCACACCACUACAGCAACCAAGAUGGAGAAUGUCACUUGUGUCACAAGUAUUGUCACGAGUGCUCUGGCUCACAUCAGGACCAGUGCCUCAGCUGCAACCAGAACCACUAUCUACUCAAUGGCAGCUGUGUGAAUCAGUGUCCAGAUGAAUUCUUCAAGGGGGAAACACAGCGCUGUGAACCCUGUCAUCCUAACUGCCUCACCUGCAUGGGGCGGCACAGCCACGAGUGCCUGAGCUGCAGAGUUCACCUCUACAGAGACGCCAAGGAAUGUGUGGACACAUGCCUCUCUGGUCACUACGCUUCAGCUGUCUCUAGGACGUGUGAGCGGUGUGAUGAGAGCUGUGGGGAGUGUCUUCAGGCUGGUGCCGAGGGCUGUGUGAGCUGCAGAGAGGGGAUGCUGUUUAUCAGGAAGCAGGGGCGCUGUGUGUCUUCCUGUCCUGAUGUGUACUACCAUGAUACACACCACAAAACAUGUGAAGCCUGCCACCCCAGCUGUAGAACAUGCACAGGCAAGAGUAUUGAGGAUUGUGACUCAUGUCGAACAGGUUAUACGCUCACACAGGGUGCUUGCGAGUCGCCCUGCAUCACAGGAGAGUACGCUGAGCCUGAGGAACAGGGCUAUAACUGUGUGUCAUGUGAUGAGUCCUGUUUAGAAUGCAAAGGUCCUGGGCCUCAUAACUGCACCAUCUGCCCAGCACAGUUCAUUCUGACCACAGAGGGGCGCUGUCUGCCCUGCUGCACCAACACAGAACAGGAAGUUCAGCGGGAGUGCUGUAACUGUACCGAGACCAGAGGUGAGUGUGUCCUUAGCACUAACUUUGCCUUCCAUAACCAUGAGGAAGAAGAAUACACAGGAAACCUGCCACUCUUCAUCACUACUGCCAUCCUGCUUGUUUUCGCCAUAAUUGCUGUAAUCAUCCUCAUUAAGCGUUCUCUUUCCAAACGACCCAUGCCUGAGCCUGCUGUCCCAGGCGGGUAUGAAAAACUGGGCCAUGGUGGCGGCAGAGACAGCUUCUACAGAGGCACAUCAUCAUCCACCUCCACCUACGGUGGUCAAGCAAGCUCUAGUUCUGGACGGUUCCAUGAGUCACAGCUGGUGGACCUCAGUGAUCAGAAGGGGAGACGGGAUGAUGACGAUGAAGAGGAUGAAGAUGAAGAUAUUGUGUACAUGGGACAGGACGGGACUGUGUAUCGCAAAUUCAGAUACGGGCAGCUGGGUGACGAGCAGGAGGAUGAGUUAGAAUAUGACGAUGAGAGCUACAACUACCGAUAACAUCUUCAGCUGUUUAAAUGAAAAUGUAUUCUGCAGGGUUACUGAAAU